CGAGCCCGGUCCCGCCCGGGAGCUGCUUGCUCCUCGGAAUCGCUUACGGGCGUUGGUUUGAUCCCUGAGGUCUUCCUUCUAUCCGCUGCCUUCCGCCUUGUCCAGCCAGAGCGCCAGGGCGGUAUUUGGGCACCUUUUGGCAGAAAUUCGCCUCGGUGGCCUUGCACACAGCGAUGUUUGCUGGUGUUUCCUGGAAGCGUCGCCGGCCCCGGGGCCCUUUUCGCGGCUGAGGCGUCAGUGGGGUUUCCUUUCUGAUUCCUGAAUGUGGGAUACUAUCAAAAGAACUGAAAGAUCUGGUCAUGGAAUUCGGACCCUAUUACCUUGUGAAGGAUUUACCUCUUUAUGAGUUAAUCACAUACGAAUUCAUCAAUACUUUCGUCAAGAAAGGUUCGUGUUAUGCGCUGACAUACAACACAAAUAUUGAUGAGGAUAAUACUGUUGCCCUGCUGCCAAAUGGGAAAUUAAUUUUAUCACUGGAUAAAGACACUUAUGAAGAAACUGGACUUCAGGGUCGUCCGUCUCAGUAUUCUGGCAGGAAGACCAUGAGAUUCAUUGUUUCCAUUGAUCUGAUGGAUUUAUCCUCUAACCUGGAGUCUAAGAAGUAUAAAAGAGUAUCUUGGGCCUUCAGAGAAAAGAAGCCGUUGAAGUUUGAUUUUCUUUUGGCGUGGCAUCAAACAGGUGCAGAAGGAUCCAUGAUGAUGUCAUACUUUUCCGGUUACGGAAUUCAGGAGCAUCAGCCAAAAAUAUCGCUGAGCACGACGCGGGACCUGCGGUGCCCGGUGCUGCAGAGUGGCCGGCUCGGGGGCGAGCCGGAGGCAGCCUGCAGCGCUCGCGAGCUCUUCGACUGGCUGGGCGCUGUCUUCUGUCACGCAGACCUAAACAAUGAGCCUUAUAAUUUUGUGUCAACCUACUGCUGUCCUCAGCCAAGCACUGUGGUGGCCCAGGCGUCCUUGUGCACCGUCACGGGGUUCAUCCUCCCAGAGAGGAUAUGUGUCCUGUUGGAACGGCUGUGUCGCUACUUUGACGAACCAAAGUUGGCCCCGUGGGUGACGCUGUCUGUUCAAGGCUUUGCAGACAGCCCUGUUUCCUGGAGAGAAAAUGAACACGGUUUUCAGAAAGGAGGAGAACAUUUAUACAACUUUGUGAUCUUUAACAAUCGGGACUACUGGCUUCAGAUGGCUGUGGGUGCAAAUGACGACUGUCCACCAUGAUGAGCACGGAAUUGAAAGUCACAUUCGUUGAUGUUUGUCUGUCGUCUUUCGUGGCCGCGUGAGGACUGUGUUUGCUCAGAGUUGGAUGACGUUUCUCAGAUCAGGGCCCGCCCGCAUCUGCUCUGGACUCAGGCCCUCCUCUGCCCGCAACUGGGCUUGCUGUCCGGCGGGCGGAAGCACGUAGCUGGUGUCUCCUUGUCCGCGUGAGCCCGUGGGGUGGGCGACUGCUAGGGACCCGGGCCAGGAUGGCCAGGGACCCGGGGUUUGGGACCCUUGGGUAAGAUGCGCGCUGUGACUGUCACUUUUUCACAUCAUAAUAAGAGACAACCCUUACAUCAUGCUUCACAGAGCCA